UCGUGUUGAGUCGAGAGGUGCAUCGUCGUUUCGUUGGUGCAGUGCCACGGUGUGUUUUUGAUGGAAGCCUAGUUGUUGGUUGGAUUUCGUGUCGCGUGUGUGGACAGUGAAUACGGUUGAUUGGCCUCUGCCUGAUCGGCCAGGAUGUCGUCGACGGAUAUGAACCUGAUGGACUUACUAUUCCCGCGGGACGACUCGUUCCUGAAAGGGGAUGUUAAGGACGAGCCUUUCAUAGACCAGAGCUACGGCGACGACGCCAUCGCGGCGGAGGAAUGGCCAACGAACCCCGACGACUUUCUCGACUCUAUAUUCAAGCUGGAGGACAAUCAAUUCAGCCUGAUCGACAAUGAUUUGGACGCGAUACCGUCCUCCUCGUCGGACAGUGGACUCUCCAGCGCUCUAAGCUUGUCUUGCGAGCAACAACUGAGUCCAUUGUUACCGAUCGAGGAGGAUCAGGUGGAGAUCAGCAACUCGGAGAUGAGCAGCCCUCAGAACUUCAUGGACUUCGACUCGUUGGACAGCCCGAACCAAUCGAUAGGCAGCGAGGACAGCCAGAUCAGAUCGGUGGUCAGUUCGAACAUCGGUUCACCUGCGACGGACGUUACCGAGGAGAUGGAUGUGGAGCACACAUUGGUGGCCGUGGUGAACCCUAACAACACAUUGCCCGACGCGAACACGACUAUCGUGACGGAACCGCAGGUCAUCGAUUUCGAUAAAAUAUCGAAGCAGCAGGUACACGUGGCACCGCAAGAGACGAACACAAUAAACGUUCGUAACAUCGCGUGCAAUGGGAAACGCAACAUCAGACAAUUGAUACGCGUUACGCCAAUGGGUUCCGGCAAUCCGAGGUCAAUUCUGCUGCCGGUGAGUCUGAAAGACAUGAAGGAGGUGCGAACCAUAAAGAUCAUCAAUGCGUCGCAGGCGAGGCAUCUGAAGGGGUUCAAAAUCAAUCAAGCCAAUAUCAUCAACAAACCAGUCCAGAUGACCAUCAAGCAGGAGGACUCUAGUAGCGAAAAGGGUUGUAAUUCCAGCGACGAGGUCUCGGAAUCCGAAUCCCCGUACCCAAGGCUGAAAUUGAAUGCAGAGGAGAAACGCCUGCUCCAAAAGGAGGGAAUCACGUUGCCCACGCAUUAUCCGUUAACGAAACACGAAGAACGGGAGCUGAAGAGGAUCAGACGCAAGAUUCGCAACAAAAUAUCCGCCCAGGACUCGCGUAAAAGGAAAAAGGAGUACGUGGACGGGUUGGAAGAUCGUGUGAAACAGUGCACCGAGGAGAACAUGACGCUACUGAAACGGAUCAAGGCGCUUCAGUCACAGAAUCAGAGCCUGGCCGGGCAACUGAAAAGGCUGCAGGCCUUGUUGCAAAAGGGCAACAAGAGCGCUCAGCCGGCCACUUGCCUGAUGGUCUUGUUGCUCUCAUUGGCCCUGGUCGCUGUACCGAAUCUUCGACCGCACUCAAAUGCCAGCAACGAACUCACGCAAGAGCCGGAGCAACCUGAAAAAAUGCCACCGUUAGCGGGCCGUUCCCGAACACUUCUGUACACGAAACAGCUGAUGGACGAGGAGCUGCAGCAAUACAGCGAGGAGUUGCUGCAGGAGGUCGAGGGUCUGUUAGAUCACGAUUACAGCCCGGUGAUCCAGCCGCCCCUCUACAAACGUCCUCGCAUGGACAUGGAACCGGCCCUAAAAUGCGUCUCGUCUUCCCAUCACGUAGGCGGAACGCUUUGCGGAAGGCAGGAUGCACAAAUGUUGAAAUCGGGCCGGAAAUACAUCGAACCGUCUUUGGACGACGUAUGGCCGCCGCCGAAUCUAGGCGGGCAAAAGAAGGUGGUCGACAAGCUCGAGGCGCUCACGAACGAGCUGAAGAUCAACAUUUCCGACUCCGAGGGUACCAGAACUGUCCUGUUAAAAGUUCCUCAGGAACAAUAGAGACUCUGACGCGA